CUGGAGCAGGUCUGUAGGUAAUAUUGUGCAAAAGUGGGAUUAACAAUCAGCCAGACAUCAGAAGUUGGUAAGAGGCCCAAACAUGGACCGUGUGGGAAAGAUCGUGUUUUAUGAAGACAGAAACUUCGAAGGUCAAUAUUAUGAGUGCACCAGCGACUGUCCCGAGCUCAACAUCCACUUCAGCCACUGCAACUCUGUUCGUGUGGAGAGCGGCGCCUGGGUUCUGUACGAGAGGCCCAACUACCUGGGCUACCAGUACAUCCUGACCAGGGGGGAGUACCCCGAUUACCAGCGCUGGAUGGGUUACAAUGACAGCAUCAGGUCCUGCCGGAUCGUACGAAAUGUCUCUAGUGUGUUCAGGGUUCGUGUCUACGAGCGUCCUAACUUCAGUGGUCAGAUGUUGGAGUGCGCUGAAGAUUUGAGCAACCUGCCUGAACGCUGGCAGCACCGCGAGGUUCACUCUGCCAAGGUGCAGGACGGUGCAUGUGUCUUCUAUGAGCUUCCUGACUACCGCGGACGCCAGUACCUGCUGGAGAGAGGAGAGUACCGCCGCUUCAACGAGUGGGCCGGCAUGAACCCCAAAGUGGGCUCCUUCCGUCGCGUCCACAACUUUUAGCCUGUUUCUCUUUUAGUUCAUGUUUUACAUCACUGUUCUUUGGAAAUCUAAUAAAAAACAUAUCUCAGUA